AUGCAAAGAAGAAGGCUGACACAAAGAAGUGCAUUGACAAUAGCAAAGCUGGUAAAGUGGGAAAACCAAGAGAUCUGGGAAAAUCUCUCCCUAGGCAAGGCAUUCUGAAGUACACAGAGCACACAUCUGUGAAAAUGGCCAAUGAGAAACAUGUCAAUUCAAAAGGCCAUGAAGUAAUAGAACUAUGCUGCAAAUCAGUGAAGGGUGUCAAAUUCUCAGAAGCAGAUGGUGUAAUUGGCAGUAAGACGCAGAGUUGUGAGCUACCCAAACAACAAAGUCUCUGCAAGCUGUUCUCGGAUGCUAUGGCUUCAUCGUCAUUCUCUUCGUCAACAUCAUCCACGUCCAUUGAAGGAGACAAAUGUGUAACUGCAGAAACUAGUAGUUCUGACAUGCCCAACAAAGCCUUCGCUAAGACUAAAGAAGCAAAUAAGCAUUGCGAUAACAAGUACUCUGCUGAGCCUAGUAACAGAGAGAUGUCUGCUCCAUUCAUUGAUCUGAAUAUGACACCACCAGAAUGUACUGAUUUAGGCUGCACCUACGAUUCAAAUUUAGAGGGACUGGAAAGCCAACCACCUGCUUCUGACUUUGAAAAAAUAAAGAGUUCAAGAUGGGCAGGCACAUUUUUGAAUGGUGAGGCAAUCAAUGUUUCCGACAUAGAUGCUGUUGGUUCUCCACUGAGCUUAAGAGAACUCGCUGAGACUCGUUGGGGUUGCAGUAAUGUUUCAGUAAAUGAUACCAUGACUAUGAGUACAUAUCCUUGUGCAUUGCCAGACCAGACAUUUCAGGAUUCAUUUACGCAGCACAAGACUUGGUUCUCCAGAAAUCUGAAUAAUGUUGGCUCCCAGCUUUCUCGUGAAUGUAAUGUGUCUCACAGCACGGAGUUAUAUUCUCGUUCUGAGUUGAACGUGGGGCACGAGUGUAGUCCUUCUACGGGACAGACAGUUCGUUUGAUGGGUAAAGAUCUUACAGUUUGCACGACCAGAGGUGAAUCGUUUGCUGAAACUGCACAGAAACAUACAGGAACUUCCACCAAUGACUAUCUUAAGGCAAAUGUAUUAUUGCCACAAGGACAGCCUUUUUUCUCUUUACAAGCUCAAAGUUUCCCCAAUGUUGCGGUAAAUUCUACCAGAACAACUCAAGCUUCAACAUAUCAUGCAAGCACAAGUCACGCACAUUUUGGGUACAGGACUCCACAUGAUUUCAGUCACCCGUUUCCUGCAGCUAAUAUAUUUUCUGGAGAUCGAUUGCCAUAUGAAAGCAGGUAUGGUGGUUUUUCAAACUCACGGACCAAUCAGACUUUUCUAUUGGGGUGUCCACCUCUUCCGAAUCAUAGCAGUGCAGCAUUCCAUCAGAAUACACCGCGUCCUUGGCGUUAUUUCUCUGAUCCCUUCGCUGGGGAUGAACCACCUGCAGCACCAUUUUUGCCUGUAACCGGACAGCAAAGGACACCACCUUCAGUGUUCCAUGCCGAUUUACCUCGUCAACAUGUUGUGCAUUCAGCAAGGUCGUCGGUUUGCCCUCUUAACUCUGUGAGUUAUACACUCAGCCAUCCAGGCCAGGUAAUUCAAGAAGUUUCCAACAGCACAGGAGAUGCAGCCCUUCUGUCCAGAAAUACAGAGAACCGAAUGAGGAGAGCUGUUCCUGACAAUUCCAAUGCUUCUUCUAGUUGUCGCAGUGUGCAGAAGAGAUCAGGACCGGUGAAGCUCACUCCCGGCGCGAAGCAUAUACUGGUGCCAAGCGAUAGCACACAUGGCGAUUCUAUGCCUGUGUACUCCUGUUUAUCCUUCGGAAGUAGGAGCGGAAAUGCUGCAGGGUCUCAGAACAAAGGAGCAUGAUGAUAGACUUUGUGAAAUGCUGUUUAGCCUUCAGAAGUAGGAGCCUUUUGAAAAUUGCUUACAAUUUUCUUUCUGUAAAACUAGAUUCACUAUCCUGUAAGAAUAGUUGCCAUACUUUUUGUGCUUUCUGUGCUUGCUUAGUAGUUAUUUUCUCAGCUGAACCUGUAUCCAUGGCUUGUGUUAUCCAACAGCAUGCAAUCUGAUAUUUUCUGUA